GUUUGUACGUAGCACAGUCGAGUCGAGUGGUGACUUUUUUGUACGCCGUGUUUCUGUAUAGAAUGAGGAAAUUUCAUUCAUUUUGAUCAGCUUUUGAUGUCGCAUCUUCCCCGAGAAACAUGUUAUCUUGGAAAUUAGUACUCCUAGCUUUAUAUGCCGUUGGAUUUUCAGAUGCUGCCUUGAAGAUCGAGCCCAUCUAUCCCACUUUUAAUGUUCCUGAAUAUGGAAGUGCCACCACGACGUGCACCAAUAUGGACCUGUUUGGCACCCAGCCAGAAUGGGUAGACCCCUACGGUCAAGUGGUCGGGCCAGCGGGUGGAGGUGGUUCUAACGACAAGCAGGUGAGUUUUCACACCAACCCUGACACGGGCCUGAAGUACACCAGGAUGCAUUUGAGCAACAUUCUGAAGGCUGCCAGCGGCGGGUACGUGUGCCGCGCCGACGGGGAAACCCAGAGCAUCAACAUCAAUGUCUACAUACCCGUGACUUUGGUUAACGAGGAUGCAGAGAAAAGCCAGUGGAUGACCUACCAUGAGUCGGGGAGUUUGUUGUGCACGAUGCGUGGAGAGGCCAACACUGUGGUGUCAUGGGACGGACCCAAUGGGCCCAUCACAGACGGAGGUCGUUACCUCAUCACAGACAUGUAUGGCUUGACCAUUGAUAAUGUCACACUGAAUGACGAGGGAUCUUACAACUGUCGAGGCUCUAUACCAGACAUUGGCGUGGCCACUGUGCUCACCAUCCAGGCAGACGUCUACAUGGUACCGAAGAUCAGGUAUCCCCCGAUCAACAAGAACGCCACAGAAGGGACGAGCGCCUUCUUCACCUGCGAGGCCAUCGGGGAGCCCCAGCCCGACUACACCUGGUAUGACGGCUCGGAGGCCCUGGAAGACCCCGCCAAGUACCUGAUUGAGGAGGACGGCAAACGCCUGACCAUCCUCAACUUGGAGAAGGAUGACCAGAAGCGCUACACCUGCCAGGUCUCCAACCCGGCGGGCUAUGAUCGGCGUGACGGCGUGCUGACGGUGGACAUCCCACCCACCCCCACCCGGGCCGUCACCCAAGAGAAGGACGAGCGGGAGAGUGUCACGUUCUUCUGCGACAUCAUGCGCGGGGACCGGGAGAAUCUGGCGCUGCAGUUCAAACGCUACGAGAAGUGGCUGCCCAUGGGAGUACAGGUGGACUCACGAAUCGUGAUACAGCAGGAGACAGGGACGGGCCCCGAUGCCGGCCAGCCAGGUAGCCUGUCCCUCACCAUUACUGACAUCCACCGAGGCGACGAAGGUGACUAUACCUGCUUUGCCCGCAAUAACGGUGGCUACGCCAUGUCGCAUCACUUCCUACAUGUCAGAUAUGCACCGGUGAUUAAUCUGGACUACAGCACCAAGAAGGUGUAUUCUUGGAUCGGUCACCAGCUGAAUCUCACCUGCCACUGGUAUGGCUACCCGGUGCCCAUCGUCUACUGGUUCGUCAACAGCCAACCCCUCGUCGGCACCAUCGGAGACGUUGCCGGGAACGCCACCAUUUAUGAUUUCAACAAUGGUUCCAGCUCUCUGUUUAUUGACACAAAAGACAGCGACUUUCGGCCGUACCAGUGUGACGGAAGAAAUAAGUUUGGACGUGUGAGACACCACAUACAGUUUGAGCGUGCCUAUCCCAUGAAGAGACCGACCAAUGUCCGAGCUAUCUCGGCCUCCUCGACUGCCAUCCAGAUCUCCUUUGACAACCCCGUCGAGGUUGGGGCAGAUUUCCCAGAGUACCUCAGGAUCCUGGGCUAUGUGAUUGGCUACAGCGAAUACCAACAGCCGACGGAGAUGUACGAGAUUAUCCAAAACAUGUGCGAGCCAACAGCGUUCCAGUGUGGACUCCUGUGCAUUGAGAAAGAACGGCGCUGCGACAACUUCAUGGAUUGCUUGGACAACAGCGACGAAGAAAACUGCAAUCCACAGGAGGACUGCCCCGGUGGUUUCAAGUGUCCAGUCCGUGAUGGCAACCUUAACCCUUGCCUACCUCUUGCCUAUGUCUGUGACCAGCAGGCGGACUGUGUCGAUGGUGCUGAUGAAUCUGAAGAGUCCUGUAGUGCCUACUAUCGGCCCAUAUUUUACGAUAUGAGGUUGAAAGGACUGGCUCCAGACCGCAUAUACCAGUUCCGAGUUGCCGUUAUGAAUGAGGUCGGUUGGGGAGAGUGGUCGUUCAACACAACGGAGCGCACACUCGAUUAUGGUCCACCCAGCGAGCCCAUGAUCUUCAAUCGUGAGCCUGAGAGAAACACCAUGUACGAAGUGGUCUGGUUGGAGCCCUAUGAUAACGGCGGUUCACCAAUCCUCUCCUACGAGCUCACUUACUCUCGGGUUGAGACAGCCGAUGCCAAAGAACACGGCCGAGACCCUUUGACAGUGCCCGCUAGCAAAGAGAGUGAAACUGCACCCGUCUUCCGCCACACCCUGACCAACCUGGAGCGAGGAACCUUCUACUUCCUGGAGCUGCGGGCCGUCAGCACCUGGGGCAAGAGCAGUCCGGGCACGCUGAACUUCCGCAUGCCGGGCGGCGCACCCAUCCCGCCCCCAUCCAAUGAGCCGCUUGGUCCUGGGCUACGGAUCGGCGACCUGCCCUUGGCGGCCUUCAUCGGCAUCGUGGUGGGCAGUUUCCUGGUCAUCUUGAUCCUGCUGGACUGCCUGUGCUACUGCACCAACAGCUGCGGCCUGACCAUGUGCAUCUGCGUGCACCUGUGCGGCAAGCAGUCGCCCGAGGCCAAGGAGGAGAUGGAAGCCGUUGAAUACAGCGCGGCCAUGUCAACAGCGGGUAACCGGAUGGCAAUGCAGCGAUUGAAGGAUUUUGAGACAGAAAGCCACGCCGUGUCCGACGGAGCCAGCCAGUACCAGAGCUUGCACACUAGUCGCUUGCCGGACGACCGCUGGAGAGUGCCGACGCAAGCCCCUUACGAAGCCGACAGAUUGUUGCAGGGUGAUCGCUCUAACGUUGAGAGGGUUCCAGCUACCUGGUCGCCUCCCUCCAAUAACUUCCAACUGCAGCAGGAGUUGGAUUCAAGGACACCCUCUGAGAUACACCUGCAGGAGCUGCAGAUGCGCAAGCUGGGACACUAUGACUACGACUACGAUUACGACGGGAGUGCCUACGGAAGUCGAUGCUGAAACACUUCUGGGGGGGAUAGGCAAAUCUAAGCAAAAGUGGAAAUUCGUCACGCUGUUACCAAUCCCUUUGUUAACGGUAAUUUUUAAACAGAAAGACAUUUUUUUGUGUAUGAAUCUCAAAUAAUGGUGAGGUCAGCAACAGCAUGAGCAAUUUCUACUUUUGCAUGGCUUUGCCCAAGUGCCUUCAUGUUGCAGGAGUAGUUUCAAUCGGCCAAUACAGUGACCAGAAUUUGGACUGCAGAAAAGCAGAACAAAGCCAAUGAACAUUGUGGGACUGACUGAAACUGUUUGAGGACUUUUCUAGUGCACAGACAGGUCUAGCAGGUAUUUUUAAUACGAGUAUUUUUAUCGUACUUGUGUGAAUGGUCAGAUAUUUCACCCAGAAUCAUGAUCUAUACAGAGUAAUGGCACUGAUAAUUACAUCCGUCGUUUCAGCCUUCUUCCAUCAAAGAUUUUGAUUAUUGUUUACGAGAAAUCAUUCACGUGAUAUUGGAAUCAAAUCAUCCACUGAGGCAGGUAUUGCCUCCAUGAUACAUGUCCGCCAUGCCCAUUUAUCAAAAAAACUGGUGCAAGAAACUAAGCUCAAUGUUUAACCCUGACAGUUCUCGGUCCUCAGAUUUUUUUAAAUUAUGAAUUUAGAUACACCCUAGGGGGUUAAGGUCACAUGUUAUUCAUAUACAUGUGCAUGCAGUCUCUUCACCUAACGUUUGGACUGUAGCCAGAGGCUCCGAGCCAGUGACUAGCAGUUACAGUCAUUUUCCCUUGGAUACCUUUGUUAAAUGCAGCCACAGCCAAGCACUUACGACACGGCUUUAUAUCUCAUCAUGUCUUCCAGUCAUUUAAUUAAUAACUGAAUUUGCAAGCAGCCCCUGCCUGGAAAUGGUGUCCGAAAGAUCUGGCAUCAUUAAAGAUGCGUGUCCGUUGAAGCCACUGAAGCCCUUGUCAUAUACACGCAUGCUUUGCCUAGCCAUAGCCAGUGUUUCUGGAACAGCCUGGUUUUUGUCUACAGUUGGUAAGAAAGUCGCCUGAUUCAAAACUGUUCCUGCUGGCAUAAAUUAGCCAUGCAUUAGCCGUUUAAUUGGAUGGGGCUCAAGCAUCCGUGGUGAGGGAGAGACCUGGAUGGAACGAUGGGGCAAGGGAGAGAGGGGAGGAAAUUAUCAAGGUAAAGUACUACUCAGAAAUAAGAUUCCAAUUGUAAUUGUCAAGUAAUCAUGGUUUAGAUUGCUGUUUUUAAGGAUGAAUUGUUAUAUACGUACUGUAAAUGUAUUCCUACUUUAUGCGUUUGCCAGCCACAUUCUUUAUGUAUAUAUUUUGCAAAGUGUUGAUAAUUUAAAGGGAAAUUUCCAAGUCUGUUAGUAUUCAGGUUUAGAAGAGAUCUGAUUUUGCAGUUAUAGCGACAGUACAUAAAAGAAACCGAGUACUGAAACAUUUCAAUUGAGAAAGAUUGGUGGUGGUGUGUUUGGAUUUGAAUUCAAACAAACACAAGGUGUGUUAAUAAGCCCAGUGUCUUAGGAUGUGUAGCUAGGAGCUGUCCAUGUUAAUUAAUGCAUUGCACAAGGUUGAGGAUUGAGUUCACAAGUGGGGUAGAGAGUGAAAAUGGAGUGUGCAACAUUAGUCGUGAAAAAAGCUGGAUGCCGCUGGAGGUACAGGGGGAUGAAUUUGAAAAAGAAAAAAAAAGAAAAAACGGGAAGAAAUGCAAGCAAGUGAAAUUAAAGUGACGACUGGUUAUGAAACUCGACAAACCUGUUUGAAAACCAUCAAAUUUGACCCCCUUUCACUGCCUGUGGUUUAUCAGUUCGUUGCUGAUGAGAUAUGAGCGCUUUGCAACCCCCCCGACUCAAAACCUGGUGACGCUCUUGCAAAAAAUUCCAGUUACGUGCCCAGACUAUACCAAAGACGAGGGCCUCAGCACAAACACAGGCAGAUCUAGACAGGGACCCUUAUGAAAUUUUGCAUAUCUUCAAAAGAAUGAAUUCAAAGGAUAAGAGUUCGUUUUGGUUGAACCAGCUUCGUGAAUGUAUUUUGAAGGUGUGGAAACAGAAAUCGCUGAGGUAGCCUUGUGAAACAUCAUUCCUUCACCUUUUUAUGUCAGUUGUACAUGGCUUCACCUUUUUAACAUACUUUUUAAUAAACAAAUUUAGAUACUUGGUCUGUACAUAAUUGAUAUUUGAAUGCGGUUUUAUUAUUUUAGGGCAGUUGAAUGGACCGAUUGCACCUGUUAAGUCAGGUCACCUGUAGUUGGUAUUGAAUAUCCACAAACAUUGCCUGCUCCCGGAGCAAAGUGUUUCAUAAGUGUUAUUUACCAAAACUUAAAACCGGCGGUCGAUACUCAAACUACUGAUGUGCAGAGCACCAUACCAAAAUGACUUGAACUUGACGUUAUUCUUUUGGUAAAUGACACUUUCGAUGCAUGUUGCUGUGGAAGGACACCAUGUUUGUUGAUGUUUGAAACCCACAGGUCACAUGACUUAGCUGGCACAAUUGGUCUGUUAUGUGCUGCCAAAGUGUCAUUUAUUCUUGGGAAUAUGUGCUUAAAAUCAUACAGAAACGAAAUUUGUAUUCGAUUUUUAACAGUUGUGAAAAGGGGAAAAUGUUCAGUAAUGAUAUUGAUUCAAUAUGCCAAAGAUAUUCUUAAAUAAAAGUCAGGAUUCCAUUUUUAUAUUCGAGUGCUUUAGUGUACACUUUUGAAAUUCAAGCAGAGGUACACUUUAUCUAGAAAGUACAAGUCGUGCCCUCAAUUUCACGGCACUGCUGAUUGUUCUCGCAAAACCUAAAUUUGCCACGUUUUGUUAUUAAAGUGUUAGUUCCAUAAAGAGAAAUUGAAUUUGAUUGUUUAAAAAACUUACAUCUUUGAAAUGCUGCGGUAAAUGUCAAGAUGCCAAGAAAUAACCUUGGUUGUCAACACUUUUGAUUUUCUGAAAACAUAUAGUCGGGGCAAAAUAUGAGUUUAUUACUUUACAAUUUGAGUUGGUAAACUACCCUUUGCAUUGUGUUCAAGAAUCACGAGUACAUCAAUUUUGUUUAGUUUGUUCUUUUUCCUAUCUGGCAUCUCUUGUGAAAAGCCUGUAUUUCUUUUUCUCGUUUAAGUACUGUUUAGUGGUCCAUUGUUUAGCUUAAAAGCGUACAUAUUCGCAUGACUGAGAAACUGUUUGCUUACCACAUGUAGACGUUAUGGCAGUUUUUGGAGGUCAGCUUUACUACUGAUCUACACUACCUUGUAUUUUUAGCAAAAGAAUAGUAUUCAGAAAUUAUACAUUACUUUGUAUGACAGCACGUACACUCUUCAUUGUUUUCAGGAAAUUUAGAAAUUUUGUAAGCUAGGUUUCCCAUCUUUCAUGAUACAUGUAGGUCGCCGUUUCGUUUACUUUGUGAACAGUGUACAUGUACACUGUAACCUAUUGUAAUAAAACAGUGUGGUGAAUAUAA